UUUUUUUUUUGUUAAAUUUGAGAUGAAUGCAGAAUCAUUUGGCCUGACUUCAUUUUGCCCUACUAAAAUAUACCAUAGAAUUGUUUCUAGUCAAUCAAAAUCAUACUACGAACAUUUACUUAAAACGGCGACCAGUUAUGAAGAAUGGGCAGAAGCAGCCAACAUAUUAGAUGAAAUGGAUGGCUUCAAUGAAUGGAAAAGAGAACUCGAAUCACCUGAUUAUGAUUGGGAGUUGGUCAAGGCAAGACUCGAUCAAUUACGCAAGAUUCGACGCUUGAAUAAAGGACAAGUAGCCAUGAUUUUUGCCUUGAGAACAAGCUUGGCUAGAAAUUUAGGUGAUAUGGGCAACCCAAAACUUUAUUCAUAUUCACGUGUAGGAACAAAAGACCUGACAACUGAGUAUAUUGAAGAGGUCGUAAGACAGCUCAAUUGGAUAUGUGAUGAACCAACAGAUCCUGAUGAGCAUCUAGACCUAAAAGCAAAACAUGAUUUCUUUAUGAAUAUUCGACAAAGCUUUGGUAGAACUGCUUUAUUGUUAAGUGGGGUGUUAUUACCGCGUAUUAUUUCUGGUGCUUCAAGCGGCAGUAUUAUGGCUUCCCUUGUUUGUACCAAGACCAAUGAUGAACUACAUACCAUAUUUGACCCUUCUACAUUUCGACUCGAUGUGUUUGAGAGAGAAGGUGAACCAGAUUCUUCAUUUGCUCGUCUGCAUCGUCUUUUGACAUCAGGGCAAGUAUUUAAUGUGGACAUUUUACGAGAAGCCAUAAGAGCCAAUUUAGGAGAUAUGACAUUUCAGGAAGCAUUUAAUCGAACUCGAUUUAUUUUAAAUAUCACAGUCAGCUCUUCUACUUUGUAUGAUAUGCCUAGAUUAAUGAACUAUUUGACUGCUCCAGAUGUGUUGAUUUGGUCUGCAGUUGCAGCAUCAUGUGCAGUACCUGUUUUCUAUGGAUCUACUCCACUUUUCUCCAAAGAUAAAAAUGGCAAAGUAGCACCAUGGAAUCCAAGUGAUCAACUUUACAUUGAUGGUUCUGUUGAAAAUGAUUUGCCAAUGAACAAACUAUCUGAACUAUUUAAUGUCAAUCAUUUCAUUGUAUGUCAAGUGAAUCCACAUGUGAUUCCCUUUCUACAGAAAUCAAACACACCUUCUCGCCUAAGACAAGCCGCAAACUUUUGUAUGCAUAUGGCCAAGACAGAAGCACAGCAUCGAUGCACUCAAUUAACGGAACUAGGUAUCAUGUCUUCUUUUUUCUACAAGAUACAGUCUAUCAUGUCACAAAAAUACUCUGGUGACAUUACUAUUGUACCUGAAAUUGGAUAUUCUGAUUUCUUUAAAGUGCUCUCAAACCCAUCACUUGAAUACGCUAAUGAGUGUGUUCAACGAGGAGAACGAGCCACUUGGCCAAGUAAGUCAUCAGUAAGGAUGUUGCCCUAUUAAUACUCAAUACAGAAAUGUCAAUUAUUAAAAAUCACUUGCAGAUUGAGUUGUCUAUUGAUCAAAUCCUUUAUCGUUUGCGUCUUCAUCGAUUGAAUGAAUUACAGAGUAAAAAGAAUAGACCUGUUUUAGAGAAUAGAUCCAGCUCUCAACUUCAUAUUAAACACUAUCCUAUUAUGAUGACUAUGCUGGAAGAACCAGAUGAACCAAUACCUAAAAAGAUAACAGAAAUUACAGAUCCUAACAAAGAAAUGAUGCAAGAUGACGAUGAAGAUGAUGAAGAUGAUCUUUUCAUUCAAACAUCUAAAAGUACACCUAUUAGUUGUACAAAAGAAAGACAUUCAACCAAAAGAGGAUUGUUCAUGACUAAACCAGAGUAACGUGUAUGCUUGAAAAAAAAAAAUAAACUUUCUCUUUAUUUGAUAUGAAUCAUGGAA